CUGUAAGACAUCUGUGAAACAAUACCACCUUCGUAUAUGGGAUUGCAUCGCAUUUCGUGACAAACGUAUGACACCCGAAUCUGCACCGGUAGAAUACAAGUGUAAAUUCUAUUUAUUGGUUUGUAUUCCAAGACGAGCAGUUUCUGGGAGCCUACAUGCAGCGUGCGAAUUGUGUUAAAAUCCACUGAGGUCACGAUGUCGGCAGGCGUGGCGAUGGGCUGGUUCACUCUGCGAUGAAAAAUAGCGGGGAGAGAGGCACUGCGGGCGGUUACUAGACAUUUAGAAGGCGAGAAGGAAAUAUAAAUUCCACGGAAGCGGCAGAUACUAUAUCUGUGUAGUAUUGCUGAAUAUUGUUUAUCGACUAAGACAGAGAUUAACAGCCGCUAAGGACGAGGCGGAGAAUGCAAUAAGCUUUUCCUCCUCCUCUUCCUCUGUCUGGCCCUCUAUAGGAAAAGAAGAUGAGCACCUCACCCACCCCUAAAGGAACCCCAAUCCUGCGCAGCCCCAGCGAUGGGGAAUGUGAGGUUCCCCAAACCAUCCAGUCCCCGCAGCACCCCGAUGGCCACUCUACGCCCAUUGGCGUAGCCCAGCACAAGAAGCGGGUUUCCAGCAUCCUGCAGAGCCCUUCCUUCAGGGAGGAGUUGGAUGUGCUGAUCCAGGAACAGAUGAAGAAGGGCAGCAGUUCCUCUAGCCUAUGGGCGCUGCGUCAGAUCGCUGACUUUAUGGCCUCUCAUGGUUCCCCAGCGACUCUCCCUGUCUCCCCCUCUACCAUGACCAUGGUGACCCCCAUAAACGACAUACACGGCUGGGAGCCCAGCUCCAUGGUGAAGGGCGAAAGGCUGAUGCGCUGCAAGCUGGCCAGCGUGUACCGGCUGCUGGACCUCUACGGCUGGGCCCAGCUCAGCCACACCUCCCUCACCCUGCGCGUCAGCAAGGAGCAGGAGCACUUCCUGGUGCUGCCGGACGGCCUGGCCUACGGCGAGGCCACCGCCUCCAGCCUGGUGAAGGUGAACGUCCUGGGGGAGGUCGUCGAGAGGGGCAGCACUGCCCUCGGAGUCGACGUGGCCACUUUCAGCCUGCACUCCGCUAUCUACUCCGCCCGGCCGGACGUGCGCUGCCUGCUGCACCUGCACACACCAGCCACCGCUGCGGUGUCGGCCAUGAAGUGUGGUCUCCUGCCUCUAUCCCAUGAGGCUUUGCUGGUGGGCGAGGUGGCGUAUUUUGACUACAAUGGAGUGAUGGAGGAGGAGGAGGACAGGGUGGAGCUGCAGAAGAGCCUGGGACCCACAUGCAAGGUGCUGGUGCUGAGGAACCAUGGCAUCGUGGCCCUGGGGGAAUCUGUGGAGGAGGCCUUCUACACUGUCUAUCACAUUCAGGCUGCCUGUCAGAUACAGGUGUCAGCGCUGUGCUGUGCUGGUGGUGAGCAGAAUUUGAUUAUGCUGGAUCGUACCACUCACAGACCCAACCCAACUGGAACUGUGGGCUGGGCAGGAUCUACCUUUGGCCCUCUGCACAAGAGCCGGCUUGGGGAGCAUGAAUUUGAGGCGCUCAUGAGGACCCUAGACAACCUGGGGUACCGUACGGGCUAUGCGUACCGUUUCCCGGUCCUGCUGGAACGGGCCCGGACCAGGAGGGAGGUGGAGGUUCCCGCCACCGUCACUGCGUUCAACUUUGAAGAUGGAGGUGCGGUCCGCUCUCACCCGCGCCACCCACCCCAUGCCCAACGGCAGCAGCAGGAGAAGACACGCUGGCUCAACACCCCCAACACGUACCUGCGGGUCAGCCAGGACCAGUCCAGCCCCGGGCAUCAGCGCACCACGUGGCUGAAGACAGAGGAGGUAACCCAGGGCAGUGGAACAGCCAUUAAGAUUGACAACCCCAACCAGUUUGUCCCUCUCUUUACCAACCCCCAGGAGGUGCUGGAGACACGAAACAAGAUCCGUGAGCAGAACCGCCAGGAUAUGAAGACCGCUGGACCCCAGUCUCAAUUACUAGCCAGUGUCAUCUCUGACAAGAGUCCACCAUCCACAGACGAGGCAGGACAAAAUGGCCCAGAAGGGGGUCCCCCAAAACCUCCUCUCCCACCAGAGCCAGAGCCCCCCAACCCCUUCAGCCAGCUGACAGACCAGGAGCUGGAGGAGUACCGGCGGGAGGUGCAGAGGAAACAGCAGCUUGGCCUAGAUGAUGGUGGGGAGGAGCUGGCGAAUGACAAGGGGACUCCCCCUGCCACCUCCCCCACUAAGAGUCCCUCCCCCAUUAACCCCCCACCCUCAGAUGAGAGAGAUGUGAAAGAGACCACAGACGCUGCCAAGACCGUGGUGCAAAAUGGGAAGGAGGAGGACCUGAAGCAGCAGGAGGAGCUGGAGAAAGGGAUGAAAGCUCUUUCCACCACCGACACAUCGCCUGCGCCACCCACCGCACCUCCUGCUGCGCCACCCACCAAGCCCCCUGGUCUCACUCCCGAAGGGUCGCCCUCCAAGUCCCCCUCAAAAAAGAAGAAGAAGUUCAAGGCCCCUUCUUUCCUGAAGAAGAGCAAGAAGCAGAAGCAGGAGAAAGUGGAGGCUUAAGGAGACACAGGGACACAGCAUCAUAUUUACUCACACACACUGCUACAUAUUUAUUCAUGCACACAGCUGUCCUUCUCUGCUGAAAGCACUGUACAUUCUUACUCUCACCUCUAUAUAUACACCUAUCAGUCGUAUCCUACCCUUUUUUUAUUUGUUCAAUUAUUACUGGUACUUGUUUUUGUGACAAAAAUGCAAACACUGUUUCAAAACAACCUGUGUGUUUCUCUGGUGACAGUGGUCCAUAGCAACACAUAUUUAUGCAUAUCCGUCAAACAAAUAACACAUGAGUGUAAGUCACAUAAUUAUUGCAGACUUUAACAGAAAAUCAAUCACAUCACUCAAGCAUCCUCUUUUCACAAUUUUUUUUGUUUGUCGGCUGUCAAGUGUACACAGGUGUAAAUAGCAUACUUUGCAAGUGCUUUGUAUUGAUAAUAACUGACAUGUUUUCUUUUCAUUUCUGUUCCUCUACAAUCAACCAUGUCAUUCUGAACAUCAGGGAAUAAUUAAAUAAAAUGGUAUAUAAGCAAAUUAAAUAACAAACUAAUUGUUAGCGAUGUCACAUAUGUUUAAUCUCUCUAAAAACAGACUGGAAAAGAAAAGGCUUCUUUGUGGCUUGUGAAUGCAGUUGAACCCAACUCUGAAAGGCACUAUACAUUCCUCUUGUCCCGUUUUCUUUUAAAUGAAUCCUAUGUCUACACAAAAGACCUCCUCACAGUUGUAAUUAUUAUUCUUAUCAUUAGUUUCCAUUAUUUAAAUGGUAUUAUGUGUGUAUAUUUGCUGGUUUUUAAAUGAAUGUAAUUUCAUAUUAGAAUGCAAAGGUGAAAACAUGUUAGGAUAGUGGUG